AUGACAGAAAUAGUAGUAGUAGCAGUAAAAUCAUUGAUCUCUUACGUUUAUGCUUUUGAGAACGCUUUCUGUAAAUGUGUUGAAGCUGCUUUUGAUUAUUGUGACUAUUGCGAUCGGUCCUUCCCCGACAAUGCGGAGGCCAGACGAAAGCACAUAGAAGGCACACAACAUCAGAACAACGUAAAACUUCAUUAUGAUUCCUACAAAGGACUAAAGAAUACUUUAGAUCCUGCUGAAUUAUUGGUGGAGAACAGUAAGAAAUCACCGUGUCGCAAGUUUUUCGAGUCAGGGUAUUGCCCGUUUGGGUUAAGUUGCAAAUACUCGCACGUCCCUUACGGCAUCGAUUUUUCGAUAAUUGACCCUCAUUUAUAUCUGUCUCAAAAUCCACACCUUCUCCAGCAGAAGCAUCCCCAAGUGUCUACACUCGGAGGACCCCUUCCCAAUUCUCAUCAAAGGCAAUCAACGUUUAAAUAUAAACUUCCUCCGGGUCUUCCAAAAGAGCUGCCGCCGUCACUAAGGCCGCCUCCACCGGACGGUCACGAUUAUUCUAAUUGCGCUCAAUGGGGCUGA